AUGAAAUUUGACAAAGUUUUGACAAAGAAAUUUUCAAGCGGCUCAACACCAGUCACCAAGAAAAUUCAAGAUGGGGCGUGGGCCGAAAUAACGGAAAAAGUGAAUUCCGUCGGUCGUGCGUGUCGCACGAUUGACGACGUGAAAGAAAAAUAUCGGAAAAUGGUCGCGAAGGCCAGAGAGUCGCUUACGAUGGAGCGAAAAAACGCCCGGCAGACGGGUGGCGGACAACCGAUGAAAGCCGCAGACACGGUAACAAUGUCAAUCAUUGAAACAAUGAAGGACACGCCGUCCUUCAGUGGGAUUCCGGGUGCUUCUCAAUCCGAAACCACCAUCGGUGCAGUGCGCAGCGCAACAGGAUUUGUUGAGCUGCUCCAACUGGAUGACUUCCUCAACUUUGCUGACGAUAUUCGUCCAUUCGACGAUGAUGAAACAGUAAAUGAAACAUCAAAAGACAGCAGUGCAGAUCAAGUUCUUAGUGUGCCUGUUCCUGUGAAUAAUAAGGAAAUUAAACCAAGCAGGGAUCCAGCUAUUGGUAAAAGGAAAGAGCAGACCCUGAGGGAACUGCAGAUGGCAUAUUAUGCUGGAGCUAUUGCAGUUCAACAGGAAAAGUUGCUACUUAUGAAAUCCCAGAGAGAGUUUUUUGAGGAGGGAAAGCUCAUGAUGGCAUUUGCCAAAGACAAACUGUAA